AUGAUAGCCCACAAUACGGGUACGGAUCAUCGCAACUGGGAUCAGUAUUUACCCGAAAUAUCUUUUGCCAUAAAUACUGCGGUUAGCGAAUCCUCAAAAUACUCUCCGGCUGAAGUCGUGUUUGGUCAUAACCCCAUUACUCCGAACACCUUGCACCUUCCCACUUUGAACCCGCCGAGAAACAAUAACAUGUACAAAGAACUUUGGAAGAAUGUGAAAGAAAAUCGGAGGAAAGCGAGCCACACACAGCAACAUUACUAUAAUCUACGACGAAGAAUAUGGACACCGGCAACAGGUAGCGAGGUAUGGGUUAGAGAACGUCAAUUAUCAUCCGCGGCAGAGAACUUUAACCAAAAACUAGCCCCGAAAUAUUCAGGACCAUACGUUGUUUCCUCUGUAAUACAUCCCAACAUCGUCGAAGUGAGAGACGAAAAGGGAAAAACAAAAAGGGUAAGCUUACAAGAUUUGAAACCUUACCUUUCUAGUAAACUAAAUGAUAAUGAGUGCAUUAUCACAAUCUUCUCUCGCAUAAAAUAA